UUAAGACAUCCUUAAUUUUCAUCUGAAUAGUUUGAAUAAUUCAUCUUAGCUCUGAGCUGCACAGUGAUUCUGUAAAAUGCAGAAGUGAAUGGAAGGAGCUGAAAAUCUCACUCUUCUAAACGCAGCACUGUUCAUUCAGAAGGAAUGGUUUAGCUACAUUAAUGUAGCUUUGUAAACAAAUUCAAGAUAAAUCGAUUUUAAAAAUCCACCCAAAAUAUUUUUCAGACAUGCAUAAUUUCACCAGAAUGUGCUGUAUUAGGUUACUGGGGAUGCAGUGGUUGCGUAAAACAUGGCAGCAGUGAAUGGAAGCAGCUAAAAGUCUUGCUUUUCUUUACAAAAAUCAUUUUCUCUUCCUAGUACGCUAAAGGAUAGUAAGUUUUUAUUUCACAAGCUUACUAUCCUGUAAGUUUGGAGUGUUUUUGAGUGCCUGAUGCUUAGUUUGUUCACCCUAGUUUGGGUCAUAGUUUUUGUUUGUUGCUGUUUUUCACUGAGAAAAGGUGAACAUCUCUUUAGAUGCAUACGGUUGAGGUGGCACAAAUGGGAAUUCAGCAAGUUUUACUCCUAAGCAUGGCACAUUUACUUUUGGAAGCGUAAUCACAGCGAUGGUUUUGUUGCUGGGGAAUGUAUUCAGUUUGAGUUAGAACACUCUAAAGCCCUUUUUCUUUUGAAGCAUUUCAAAAAAUAUCUUGUGCAAGAUAUUUUCCCCCAUCCCAAAAACUAUUUUUCUUAUGCUUUUUUUGUGUUAAAGCUGUGAAUGCUCUCUGAGCCAGUUUCCUCUAGAUCUGUGGAUGAGCUUUCCUCCUGACCCCUCCUGUGUUUUUUUUUAUUUAUUUUUUUUAUGUUUUUAUAGGUAACCUUAAUGGUGGAAAAACAUCAGAAGAAAACAGAUUUAACAGCAUUUCAUUGCUGGAGCUGCUCCAGUUGCCAGGCAAAAGUAUUGCUAAUGAUUUCCACAUUUAACUUGUUCCCCAUUUAAAUAAGUGCUUACAGUGCAGAGCAGUAAAGUUAAAGUGACCCUUUGCCAUGAAGCUAUGAAAGAGUAGGACUAAAAGGCAAAUUCCGCUUUAAUACAUUAGCAGCGAUGCUUUUAUCCCCUUCUCUCAAAGAAAGCAUUUUGUCAGUCGUAGCAAUAAUUUCUCAUACCUAAACAAUCUUUUGUUUCGGCAUCUUUAUCAAUUUGGUCCUUUUUUUUUUUUUUAAAUCAUAAUUUUUUAAGUCUCAGUUGUUUUAUGAGCUCUUUUAAAGCACGUGGGCUCCUUCUUCUGCACUGUGCUCGGCGUCGUACAGAAGGGGUUGAGCGAAUGACGGAAAACGGGAAAAUGGAGCGGUAUGUUUCGCACUUGCUAUGCAGAGUGUUCAAGCUUCAAAUUAACAGAAAGAAAAAUUUGCGCUACAACACAAUGAAAUUUGUUACUUUAUUUGUAAAAAAAAAACUUAAUAAAUAAAGUUGUUUAAAUGAAUGGAAGAGAUGAGACUUUGUUGGACUUCCUUCUGAAAAGAUGUCUGGUGUGUGUGGUUAUUGUCAUCAGUUGUCCAAUCACUUAUCUGAAACUACCAUCCUGCAGCAUUUAAAUUCAUCCCUGCUCCAACACUCCGGAUUUUCCCAUCAGCAUGUUCUUCAGCUCCGCAGAGACGUGGCAAUGAGCCGUUUUAUUUGAUUCAGGUGUGUUUGAGCAGAAUGUUGGCUCAGGACUGGACUUGAUCUACAUGGUUUUUAGCAAGUAAAAUAGAGAUUAACUCUUGGUUUUUAACCAAAUAAGUUUGUUUUGUUUUGUUUUUUUACUCACAAUGAUCUAUAAGUGCACAAUUGGUAUGAGUUUAAGCCUUAAAGGUGUCUGUCAGCUGCCCUUGAAUGAAACAUUUAAGCUCACAACCACAACCCAAAUGUGAAGACAAGCUGACCUGGAUGCAGCUGACGCAGAACGCCUGUUGUUACCCACAAUGACGAUGCUGGGUCGCUGGCUGCAGUUGCAGAGCGGUUGUUAGCCAUCUGCCGGGGCUAACAUGGAGCGAGAGGGCUCCUUUAGGAGGAGCCUCCACAACAAACUGCGGCUGGGCACCGGCUCGUCCUCCAGCCUCACCGACCUCUCGCAGGUAAAAAGUUCAUCAGGAGGUGGGGAGAAGGCAGGGACAGCUGGGGGGCUGUCAGAGGAGUGUGGGAGGAACAAAGAGACUCAGCAGAGGAGGGCCGGUGCCAACGCCACCUGGAACAGCAUCCACAACGCGGUCAUCUCGGUUUUCCAGAAGAAGGACCUGGGAGAAAAUGAGCUCUUCACCCUGAAUGAAGGCGUCAGGCAGCUGCUGAAGACCGAGCUGGGCUCCUUCUUCACAGAGUACCUGCAGAAUCAGCUCCUCACCAAAGGCAUGGUCAUACUGAGGGACAAGAUUCGCUUCUAUGAAGGUCAGAAGCUGUUGGACUCCUUGGCUGACACGUGGGAUUUCUUCUUCUGUGAUGUUCUGUCCAUGCUGCAGGCCAUCUUCUACCCUGUGCAGGGAAAGGAGCCUUCAGUGCGUCAACUUGCUCUCCUCCACUUCAGGAACAUCAUCACCCUCAACCUGAAACUGGAUGAGGCAUUGUCUCGACCUCGAGCCAGAGUUCCCCCCUCCAUCAUUCAAAUGCUGAUGAUACUACAGGGAGUCCAUGAAUCCAAAGGUGUAACAGAUGAUUACCUUCGUCUGGAGUCUCUCAUCCAGAAGGUAGUCUCUCCGUAUCUGGGGACUCACGGUUUAUACUCCAGAGAUGAAUCCUCCAAUUUGCACUGCUCAUCCUGCUUGUUAGAAAAGAAGCUGCAGUACUCAAGGGCUCCCAAAACACACGGCUCUCCCACUGUGAAGAAUCCAGUGGUCCGCUCUAAGAGCUACAACGUUCCCAUGCUGACUCCUGUUGUCGAGUAUGACAUAGACUCAUCCUCAGGUGGCAGCACGGGCAUCAGACGGCACUCCGUCUGUGAGAUGUCAUCUUGCGUGGAGGAGAGCAGCUCAAUGAAUAAAUGCGCUGCCAGGAUGUCUGAUGACACCAGCGUUUCAAACUCCUCCACAGCCUCAACCACCUCUGCUGCACUGACAGACACUUUAACGUCCAGUCAAGACCUCCAGCUCCGAGACGAUGACAGCCCCUCUAUGCUCCACCCUCUCAAACCACAGCAGCCCUCCCCCAGCAUCCUCCCUGAUCCGUCUCCAGCUGAGGACGCUCAUUGUACUGGCUUGCUGGAGUUUGACUCUCCAUCGUCCUCCAAGGUUCUUGCACAAGACACGAGCUCCGGUCCCAGUCCGGCGUCCAGCAUAGAGAUGACGGCAGACCACAACACAGAGUCUCUGGACUCGGAGCAGGAACCAGACGGGAUCUUUCUGGACUUCUCGCACCUCUGCUUAGGGGACGCAACCCACAGCAGAGACAGUGACGGGCAGAGCGUCGCCUGACACACACAGGCGCACACAGUUCAUUAUUUAAAGCGUUAACACUGCUGAGCCGUGAGAGAUUUUCCUUGCACUAUGUGAUGCCCCCAGUAGUUUUUAAAGACUCUACAUUAUAGAGAUUCUUUCAAGCUGAAGUAUUUUUCUAUGUUGAAUCACUAAAUAUGUCAGGCAUUUUUGUCCCUAAUGUGAUAUCACCUUGUUUUAUUAUAUUUAAAAUCUGGGUAAAACAAACAAGUGAUUAUAAAAUUUAAACUGUAUAUUUAUUUUUUAAGCAAAAACCUCAAACUAUUUUGAUAAUUGUUUGUAAUUCUCUGUGUUUUCAAAUGUUAAACUCUUACAUCACCACUGUGCCUUUUGCUGGAUUAACUGUGUAGAUCUGUUCAAAAACUACAGUCUUUUAUAUAUGAUCUGUGAGGAAUUUUACUGUCUACUGGGUUUCUGUAACUGUCAUGUUUCCAUAAUGUUAGCAUCUCUAUCAAAGUGUCAAUUUAGUCCUUGUUAAAGUAAAUAUCACUGCAAAUUUGUGAAAUCAAUUUUUCACAAUUUGGCUCUUAUUUGAAGAUAGUCGCAGUUUCUCCCACUUUCCGAGGGAUAAGUCCAAGUUUUGGGGGCGCGCCAUUAGAUUUUUCCGACUGCAAAGUCGGGAUUUUCACAUUAUGACCAAACAUGGAACGCUCCAUAUGACUGUAUAAAAUCGUUUGUAGCACUGAUAAACUAAAUGUAACUAUAUUUAAGUUCAUAAAUCAGUUUCCUGGGUUUUUAACAAAAUUUCAUAAAACAUUUUAAUACAACUUAUUAUGCUUAAGCCUGUUUGAAAGGAAGUGGAGUCCUUUUAUCAGAAAGUAUAUGUACUUCUGCUUGGUUUUAGAAUAAAUCACAGCACUAAAAUUGUUUUAAACAACCUGCUUGAUAAUGGCUUUAUCUCUAUGCUUCCGAUAAUAAGUUUCAGUUUUCCAUUCAGCACAUAGACUUGGAGAUUUCAUUGGACUUUAAAUUGUUUAAGUCUCAUGUAUCUGAUUGAUUCCACUUUGUGUUAGUUCGCAGCUUAUCGCCCACUACUUCCAGAGUCAGUUGUAGUAUCACACAUGAAUAUUCACUUGGGUCCCCUCUGUAGCAUUCUACACACAUUACCAAACACGGAUUCAUGCAACGAGAAAGAGAAUAUGGAUUAAUAAAUAUAAAAGAAAACCCACUGCAUUAAAUAUGUACUGGAAGAUUUAUUCUUUUGAAAACAAAAAGAAAAAAUCUAGAAAAUAACUUAGUUUUUUAUGUUUCUGUCUCCCAUACUUUUUGUUCUGGACAAAAAUGAAAGCAAGUUUCAAGCUUUUUCAGAUUCUGUAACAUGAACUCACAAAUAAAUUAUCUACUAGAAAUGA